UACAUACAAUCUUGCAUAUCCCUCAUCUUAUAUUUCGAUCCAAAUCAUCAUCGUUGUUUACGGCUUCGCGGUGGCGGAGGCAGCACGAUCCAACCCACUGUCUUAUCAAAGUACUCAGUACUGUCGUUUUUUUUUCUUCUGUCGUUGCACCUCCACGAUUCGGACGAUCCUUGUUUCACAAAGACCGCGCCACACUCAGUUACGAUGUGUUAGGCAGUUAGUCGGUUCAAGUCGAUUAACGAUCUCUUCUAGAAGGAGGUGAACGAACGAACGAACGAAUGAGUGAGAGUGUGGCCCACGUGUGUGUGCGAACAAGUUAAAAAGUCGAAUGCAAACAUGGCGUCGAAUGGAUUUCACGCGACAGUGCUACAACGUUCAUCGAAUGAUAGUCGGGAUGACAGUAGAAAAAGCAUUUCUCUUUCUCCGACUCCGACCCCAAUAGGUACAGUGCCGACAGGGACAGGAACAGAAAUAGGAACAAGAUCAGAAUUAGGAUCAGGAUCAUCAGUGUCUGUGGCGGGAGGAACAGAGUCAAGAUCAAGAACAAGACCAGGAAUAAUAAGCUCACCAUCUGCAACUAACAGUAAUAAUAGUGGUGGUAGUGGUAGUGGUGCUGGGAUGUGGAUGGGGAGAAAAGUGACAGAUUCGGACGCGCUGGGACCACGUUUCUCCAAUUCUACCAAUUCUACCAAUUCUAACGGCGAAACCAACAAGCUUGACGCCAAUGCCAAUGCUAAUGCUAAUUCCAAUUCUAUUACUCUUACCCGAGACGCCAGGGACGCCCAAGUAGCCCGUGCAAAUCACGCCGCUCACGGCCACACCCAAAUCCACACCCAUAAUGGGAACGUUGGUGCUGGCGCAAGCAUUGGCACAAGCAGCAGUAGGAGUAAUAGCAAUAGCGAUAGCAGCACCGGCACCAGCAACAAUACCGUCACGACCUCAAACCAUUCCCAGUCUCAUUCCCAUUCUCAAUCCCAAUCCCAAUCCCAUCCCCAUUCAAUUCAUUCAUUAGAUUUUCAUCAGCCCGCCGCCACAACUAAAACUUCAACUUCAUCCACAUCCACAUCCAAAACAACUAACAGUUCUUCUAACUCCAACUUAAUCCUCCAUUCUCCAUCGUCAAAUCCUAAUUUCUCCGUCUCAUCCAUCACGACACCUGCACCCACACAUACACAUACACCUGCACUUGGACUUGGAGUUGCAUCUGCACCCGCAUCUGCAUCUGCGUCUGCAUCGCCACCUACUUUGAACUCGACCUCAAUACCUUCAACUUCCAUUUCAACUCUUUCGACGCGACUAUCACGACCGCCACCUAUUACAACCACCUCGUCUAUUACCACUGCGCUCGCGCAUCCUUACAAUAACGCGUCGCAUCAGUUAUUUUCGCCUUCUUCGUCCAUUCUGGCACGUCCAUUAGCCGGCCUGGCUACUCUGGCUCCUCCGCCAGGAGCCUACAAUUCAAUCAUGACACCAUCGUCGGCCAUGUCAUCAACCAAUGGUGCAAGUGCAUCACCGCUACAACCUCCAAAAACCUCAGGUCACCUGUCGCCGCCAGAAUACCACCCUCAGAGUUCGCGAGAGAAGGCGCCAGGCAGCUUUUAUGACCCGCUGACGGAUACGACCAGAGAAAGGAGGGUUUCUGAUAGUUGGGCCAACUUGAAGCAGGUAAGUCAAUCAAUCAUUUUUCUUUUCCUUUAUUGUUCAUUUAUUGUUGUGAAUAAUCAAUCUUACAUGUCAAAUCCACCUUCUUACCCAACACUGUAUUUUUGCUUUGUGCAUUUAAAUCGUUAUGCGUAUUACGUGGGCGUAGCUUUGGGGCAGGGACUUCUUUUUUUUCUUCUUCUUCUCUUAGUACUGAAAUCAGUCUAUCUCCCUCGAAAACCAAAAUCGCGGCAGUCAUCGUUCGGCUAGCUUGGACAUUAUUUCCCUAUUUCCCUUAAACACUACUACUUGCUACUGUACUUACCAUAUUUAUUUGCACACCCAAAACAUUCCAAAUGCCCAAGUUUGCUUAGUGGCAGUGGGAACAUCCUAUCCCAUUUCCAUCCCUCUCUCCAUUCAAUUCAUCUAUCUAUGUUAUGUUGGUCGGUGUUCAACCCAGGAUAAGGACAAGGACCAUCACCGAGUUUUUUUUUAUUACCAGCCAGUGAUUACCACCCAACUCAACUCAACUCACUCCCACCAAUUUAACACCUAAGGCCAUCAGCCAUCAACUUUAUCAACUAACCUUAUGCCUUUCUUUA